UUGACAAAAAAGAACAAAAAAUGUCAAUUGUGGAGUUAUCUACGUUGAAAUAAGUACAUUCUGUCAAAAUUUCGAGAUGGAAAUGAAACGAAGUAAGAAUUUUCAUCACAACAUUGGAGGGUCGGAAAACUAAACCGAUAGAACAAUAAAACAUGGAAUUGGUUAAUUUUUAACCCUCAAGUUAGGUACAUCAUAUGUGAAUAAUAAAUGAAAAUUCGCGCCAAGAGAAUGGACAAAAAACGAGGCAGAUGUUACAAUGAAAUUCCAAAAUAUCUCACCUAAGUAAAUAUUCCUCAAAAAGUGAAAAUAAAAAUGAUAUUUUUUGGGAUAAGAUGGCUGCAAAAAGCUUUAAAAUGGCGCACACAAAAGUACAAUAAAGAGGCGGAAAAUGUAGCAAAACGAGAAACAUUGUUUUCGUCGUCGUCGUAUUCUCAGUUUUUUUUUUCAAAUAGUACAUGGUCUCCCCCAGUAAAUGUAUUAACUUGACACACCCACGUAAAAAUUUCGUUGGUGUCUUUGUAAAAGAAUAAUUUAUUUUGAUUACGUCAUCAAGAUGAUUUCAUAGUUUUCUACAUACAAAAAAAAUAAAAUAAAAAAAUAAAGCUCACCAACAUUUUUUUUAAAAGCCACUUUCGACGGUGAAAAAUUAUUUCUGAAAUAGGUACCUACCUACAUACAUAUGUGUAUAGAUAGGUUGGGUACCUACCGUAUAAAAAGGCGGCUAUUUGGUAAUAUUUGUGUUUUUUGUGUAGAUGUACGUAUGCCAUAUCACAAUACAAUUCUCAGUUCUGAUGAGGUAAACGACCACCAAAUCCUGUUGUUGACAUCUUAUCGAACAUUGUUCACUAUUUACGUAAUGUUUUUCAGUUUUUGGGGACAGAUAAAUCUCUAAGAAUUAGCGUCGCUUGAAAACGUCGCCUUUUAUAGCACCAUGUUUAAUUCACGUUAGGUACCUAUUUGGUUCAUGAAAGAAACAAUAACGAAAACUGAAACUGGAAAGAUUAUUUUAAUGUCCCCAAGUCAGUUUUCGGCUAAGGAACAAAAAUGGUGUCAACAAUCCACAAUUUACAAAAGAAGUAAAUCGUUGUACAGAUUACAAACUCAAAUCGGCCAUGGAAGCUAUUCUAUUGUACAUGUAGGAUUUCAUGAAUUAACAAAAGAGAAAGUUGCCAUAAAAACAUGCAACAAACAAACCCUUACACCAAGAGCAAAGAAAAUGCUGCUGAGAGAAAUAGCAAUCAUGGAGACUGUUUUUCACCCGAAUAUCGUCAGGUUGUACGAAGUACUAGAAACACCAACCAAAUUGCAUUUGGUAAUGGAAUACAUGUCCGGCGGCGGUCUGCAUACAAGGCUACUGUCAGAAGGAAAAAUGAAAGAAAGCGAUGCAAAAAUCAUAUUUGCGCAAUUAUUAUCGGCUGUGAAGCAUUUACACGAAAGAAACAUUAUUCAUAGAGAUAUCAAAGCGGAAAAUGUUUUUUGUGGAGAGAAAAACCACGUCAAAUUAGGAGAUUUCGGAUUUAGUACAGUUUUGGUAAAAGGAAGUAACGAAGAACUCUUCACGUUAUGUGGCUCACUACCUUAUGCGGCUCCAGAACUUCUGCAAGAAAGAAGAUACCAAGGACAGCCGGUGGAUAUUUGGGCUCUCGGAGUCUUACUUUACUUCAUAACCACCGGUCAAAUGCCAUUUUCUGCUAUUUCAGUGGCACAUUUGAAACGUAGUAUUUUAUUAGGAGUAAUUCCUAUGCCGGCUCAUUUGUCGCAUUCUUGCAUCACUUUAAUAAGAGGAAUGCUGAGAAGUACCCCGAGCAAACGAUUUACUCUUCCAGAAGUCAGAAAUUCUUUAUGGAUGUCUGAUAUUAUGAUCAGUGAAAAUACCUACGAUAGGUGGUGCAUAAUACCGACAUUAGAUAGAGACGAAAAAUUAGCUGAAAUCGAAAUCAAAGCCAGGAAGCAGCUGUUAGCUUACGGUAUUGAUGAUAAAAUGUUGGAAGAGCACGCAUUAAAAGGUAUUAAAAGCGAUGUAAUCGCGACGUAUCGAAUAAUUAUUCAUAAAUUAUUAACUUCGAAUCAUAUCCCGGCGGUUACAAGAAUUACUGCUAAAAAACUCAAUCACGCUCGUUCACACCUUUGCGUUAUUACAUGAAGAGUAAUUAACUUGAGGUGUGGGCGUGAAAAAACCUAAUAAAUUUUUUGUCUGAUUUUACAGAAUGUUGCAUUUAUUAUAUUAAUGUUCUUCUACUGAUAGAAAUAUUGAAUCAAUUUGUUAGUGAAAUAAAUAUUACAAAUUUUCUACUUUUCA